AUGAAUAAUAGCUUUACAUCAAACAAUACUAGUACCGAUAAUCUUUAUUUCAGACGAUUUGAAUUUAUUCAGGAUUCCCCAGUAUCUGCUAUACUUAGUAUUAUAUUUUUAGCAAUUGCAUCAGUUGUUGGAACCUUUGGAAAUGUUAUGAUUUUAAUGAUUGUAUCGAAAACAAAGGAACUAAAACAAGUGCAAUCUGUUUUCAUUGUGAAUUUGGCUAUUUCAGACAUGUAUGUUACUUUGAUAGCAGAUCCUAUGAGUAUUGUUGGUAAAGUAGAAGGCCGACCAUUCUUUUUGCAGUACCCAGUUCUCUGUGAGAUCAUUGGGAAAAUGUGUACCAUGUCAUGUAUUUCAUCUUUAGGUUCCAUCACAUUACUUAGUCUGAACAGAUACAUAUUAAUUUGUCACAACUCAUAUUACGAGAAAAUAUUCACUCGAACAUCAUGUAUCAUAAUGUGUAUAUCGAUGUAUAUUGUUGGAAUGGUUAUGGUUUUACUUAAUUAUGAUGGAAUUGGCGGACAUGGUUUUGAUGACAAAAGUUUGGAAUGUAUUUGGGACAGAAUGGCAACAUAUAGUUACACCGUUGUAUUGUCAGUUUGUCUUGUGUGGGUUCCCUUGAUAGUUGUCGGAAUGUCGUACUUACGGUUGUUCUAUUAUGUUAGAAAUAAACGAAAACAAAUCGUGAGUAGAGAAAAUGUCCCAACCAUUGACAACAGAUCACUUCGUCUAGCUAAGACAAUAUUUAUUGCAUAUGCAAUAUUUUCAACCUGUUGGAUGCCGUUCGCUACGUUGCUUGUUGCUGAUUCAGAUGAUACGUUUCCGCACGAAGUACAUCUCUUUAUUACAGUUUUUGCUCAUCUGCAUCCAUCAAUCAACUGGUUAAUUUAUUACAAUACAAAUGGAAAUUUUAAAGCAGGAUUUCAUAAAAUAUUCAGAAUUUGCAGCCGAAGAUAUAAAGCACAGCAAAAUGGCCAAGUCUCGCAAUCAGGGACUACCACAACGAGAGUUACCCGGUAUUAA